AUGCCAAAUUUUAAAAUUAAAGAUGUAAUAUUAGAAAAUAAAUAUGUUCCCUCUUUACAUAAUAAUCAAGUCAUUGCAGAUGAGCUUUAUAAAUGUAUUAAAGCUUGGAAUCUUAAGUAUCAUAUAACAUCAAUCACUACUAAUAAUAGUAAGAAUAUGGUCUUAGCUUUUCUUGUAUUAAACCAAAAAGAAAAGUAUAAAAGAAUUAAACAUUUCUCAUGUACAACUCAUACUCUUCAAUUAGUGAUUAGAAAGGAGCUAGCACCAGCAAAAAUGCUAUUUGCAUGUACAAAGAGCGAAGCAGAAGAAUUAACAUCUGAACUACCAAUUAAUCCAACAACAUCUAUUCCAGAAUCUUUGAUAUAUUUAUAUAAAGAAUACCUUCAACAAUGCUAA